UUCGCCCGCUGCUGCCGCCGCCGCCGCCGCCGGCCGCGGCUGCUCUCCCAAGAUGGCGGCUCCUCCGGGCGAGUACUUCAGCGUUGGGAGCCAGGUGUCGUGCCGGACGUGCCAGGAGCAGCGGCUGCAGGGCGAGGUGGUAGCCUUCGACUACCAGUCCAAAAUGCUGGCAUUAAAAUGUCCUUCUUCAAGUGGAAAGCCCAACCAUGCAGACAUCUUGCUCAUAAACUUACAGUAUGUUUCAGAAGUGGAAAUAAUUAAUGACCGAACAGAAACCCCUCCUCCUCUAGCUUCACUCAAUGUUAGUAAGCUUGCCAGCAAAGCACGGACAGAAAAGGAGGAGAAGCUGAGCCAGGCCUAUGCAAUCAGCGCUGGUGUCUCCCUAGAGGGCCAGCAGCUCUUCCAGACCAUUCACAAGACUAUUAAAGACUGUAAAUGGCAAGAAAAAAACAUCGUAGUCAUGGAAGAAGUUGUUAUUACACCCCCAUAUCAAGUGGAAAACUGUAAAGGCAAAGAGGGGAGUGCACUGAGCCAUGUACGCAAAAUAGUUGAAAAACAUUUUAGAGACGUGGAAAGCCAAAAGAUACUGCAGCGUUCACAAGCCCAGCAACCACAGAAGGAGGCUGCCCUGUCAUCCUGAGUCCACACACCUGGAGGACUCUUCCAACAUCCAGCCGAGGAGGCAGCGGUGGUGGCUUCAGCGGAGGCAGGCCGGGGGAGGGAAGGGAUCCUAUAUUUCCUGUUGGCUCUUGUUAACAAAGGGUCAGCGUUUCCAAAUCUUAGACUUGAACAAACAAAACACCCAACAAAAAAGAACAAGAGAAUAAUUUAAAAGUUGAAUCAUUACUUGACUAACAGACUUCGGUCCACCAUGUCCUUUUCACAGCUCCCUUCUGGAACAGUCACCUUGUUAAUUUUAUUUUUGAAAAUUCCUUUCCUUUCCUGCUUCCCCCUUUCAACUCUGACUUUCCUAGUCUGUUCCCUGCCAUUCUGUUUUUAUAAGUGGCUACACUUUGCCUUCGGAGUGAUUGAAAGAAACUUUUACAUCUUUUCUUCCAAAAUAAAAGUAACAAGCUGACUGUGAUACUUGAGACCAGAACAGCAGACAGAGGUCUCACUUUAAAUUUUUCUUUUUUUUUCUCCUUUUUUUUUUUUUUUUUUGCACAGGGCAUGGCUUGAAUUAGUUUUAUUUUUCUUAACUUUAAAUAUAUAUAUGAAAAUAUAUAUUAAAAUGUUCUCUAAAUAUUUUCUGCUUCUUGCAGGUCUCUUUUUACUAGAUUGUGGCCACUCUUCCCACCUCAUCCCUACGAAAAUACAAAUGUAUUGCCCUCCCCCUCAGGCCUGUAGCCAGGCACUUGACUUAGUUCACAGCAAGAAUCUCCUGCAGCACUUUGUAGAGCUAGUGUCUGCAGAUGGGAUUCGGGGUUCGAGGGUCCCUGAUGGCAUUGUAGUCUUUAACUGUGUGUGUACCAGUCUCACAUUUGGCCAAAACCUCAGGAUUCUCCCUCUGCCUUUUGUCUGACUUCAUGGUACUAGAAGAACCUCCUCAUCACUCUCUCCUAGAUGGGAGAGCCAGCUUCCUUGCUCCUGUGCCCUCUGCAGGAAGAACUGUUUUGCAUGGCACAGCUCAGCUCUUCUUCCUUGAGGGAUGACUUUCUUUUAUAAGGAAACUGGAGUCCACCCACCCUGACCUUUCUUGAAAUCCAUGUCCAGAGCCACUAGCCCAGGAGAAAGCUUGGGUGACCUAUAGUUUCUCUUCGUCUGCCAGCCUCCUCCUCCUGUGCUCCUCCCCGCUUAAAUUUACAAGCUUAUCACAGUUUGUAUGUGCUCAGCCGAUGGGCAGAAAACUCGGAAGACUUUCUAGACUUUAGCCCACCAGUCUGGUUUUGACUAACCUGCUGAGAGCUAAAACUGGCACCCAAUGCCCUGUGCUUUUAGGGUGGUCAUGUGGGGCAGAGGGUGCUGCCACCUGAAUAUCAGGCACCGAGUGGGAUGUGGGUGAUGCUCAUGUGACUGGCUAGAGCUUGGGGUGGGGGUGGGGGAGUUCAUUACUAUUUUUGGCCAUGAUCUCUUUCCCCUUCCUUUUUUUUUUUUUUUAAUUAAAUAAAUGGAUCAAAAUUAAAUAAUUCAAGCCCUGCCUUCAAAAUGAACUUUUUUUUUUUUUUUUUAGUAUUGUUUAGGAAAAACAAUAAAACCCAAAUUUUUUUAACCAUCACUCAUGUCUCCGGUUUGUGUGUGCUUCGGAGGUUCUGGAAGAAGGGAGUCCAAGGGGGUGUGUGUUUGGCCUUUCCUUUUUCGAUUCUCUGCUUCCUACUCUUUACCCUCUUUCCUUCCACUCCCUAAGGACUCCGAGAAAUACAGUGCGAAGUAUAUAAUUAGAGGAUAGGGCUCCAGAGUUGAGUUGGAUGUAAGUGCAAUAGGAGAAAGAAGGGGGUGGGCACAUACAGAAGACCAUUUGUUACAGGACUGUGUUCGGAGGCAAAAUGACAGAAGAGCUGAGAAGGAAAGCCAAAUCCACUCGUCACUGGUCAGAACUUGAUUAAAAGUACCGAGCUUCCGAUUUAGUCUACACAGAAAUGUAGACUUUUGGAGAAGGUAAAGGAGGGAGAAGGGGAGACCUUGUAAGACCUAGGAAACCUGAAAUCUGAGAGGUAAGAUUAAAGGAAUGAAGGUGACUUAAUUAGAGGGAAACGGCACAGCUGGGAGAGAGCUCUUGUGUCAUAGGUCCCACAUCACCUUCAUUUUCUUUUCCCGUCAGUCUGUAGGCCUAUGAGUGUGUUUUUGACAGGAAGCACCUUGGACACUUAGUUUCUGAAAUGGUGCAGGGAACUUUGCUCUGAGGAGUUCAAGAGGCGGAGUAAACUUGCUUGGAAAAGCAAGGCAGUGAGGUAUAGAAGCACGAAGGCUUUGAGACAUCAGUAGUUGAGUGCAAAUCCUCGCACCUCCAUCUCCGUGCUUUGUGACUGUCGUUAAGUCGUUUCACCUUCCUGAGCCUUAAUUUCCCCAAUUGUAAAGAGGGAAAUAAUACCCGUCUCCUAGAAUUGAUGUGAAGAGUUAAAUGAGAUUUAAAAUUAGAAGGUGCUCCGAAAGUUUUAUUGUAAAUGUUAACUUAGUCCUGGCAUGGUUAAGUCUGGAGGUGAGACUGGGCUAAAUGGUUUCCAGAGGCUCCAACUUGCUUUAGAGUAAUUGUGUGGAUGACAUUUUAAGUGAGGCUAAUAGUAAAACAUAGAUAAGGACAGUGCAUUCCACCCAGGUUAGGUGACAUGUCCAGAGUACCACAACUGCCUGUGGUGGCAAAGCUGGAACAAAAUUCACACCUGUUCCACUCAUGGCCUCCUAAUGCUCUUGUGCAUCUCCAAAUGAUGGCACGUGUGUUGCUCAAUUUUAUUGGCCAGGUUUUAGGUGGAACCCAAAGAUUAUCGUGAAGAGAGGCAGAAAGCGCCCCUCUAGAUUGAAAGAACAUCAAAGUAUUUAAGAAUGUGAUGCAGGUGGCUUGCAUCUCUGAUGAAGUACAGAGAAUUUUAUAGUGCUUCCUUGGCUUUGGAGCAUUCUUUCCCUUCCCCUAACACACACACGCACGCACGCGCACACACACACACUUUGCACGCAGGCCUUUGGGAUUACUGCUAUUUACAGCAUCCAGUCAGUACAGUCAGUAUCACAGUGAGUUGAUAUUGAAUCUAUGCUGAGCAGGUUAUUGCUGAUUUCUGUUUGGCAUUUUGAAAAUUGCUCAAGCACUUCAAUAUUAGUUCAAGGGCUUUAGACUGGGAACCAUUGAUUUCAGGGUGAAGGCCCCUUGACGUUCUGGAAGCUGAGAAUGUGUCAGUGUUUUCCUGUAAGACAUACUGGGAAAGGAAGGAGUUGCAGGGAUUGCAGUCAUACGCAGAGGAGACCAUUGUCCUGCCUGACACAGAUUACAAUCUGGAGGGUACUGUGGUGGGAAUGCUUGAUGAGUCCCACAGGACAGGCGGUGGGGACAGUGGAUGGAACCAGAGUUUCCGGGGGUCUGGGAGUGGUUAUCUGGAUUGGAGGAUGGUUUCGUUUACCUGGUAUAUGUCCGUUCCCAUCACUACUGGAGGCCACUGGUGCCAGUGGGUCUCCCUUUAGAAAACGUGGAAUCACCAUCAUGUACUGCCUGAAUUUCAGGGGGUUAAGAUAAUACAUAAACAUGAUGUACCUUACAGGUGAAAAGGGAAUGCUUUCGGGCUGCCAUCCGCUGGUGGUAGACUGUGCCACUGGGUAAUAAACCUUUCAAAAUGAGUGUUAUAUUACAAAAGCCUUACAUGGCUCAUUACAGAAAAACUAGAUAAUAAGGCAAACGUUUUUCCAUCUGCCUCUCCCCAAAAUGUUGUUAACGUCCUUUAUAUCCUUUUCUAUACAGACCAUAUUUACUAGAUUCUAGGAUACUUCGCCCUGCCCUUUGCAUUUCUACAGUCUCAGAACGCACCGUACAAAUUAAUGUCAAAAGAAACUUCCCAACUGGUUCCUUCAUCCCCAGCCCAAAAAGUUAUUAAAUCGAUGAUGUACUUUA